CGAAAUCAUAAAAUAAAUGAUGUUAUAUGAAAAAAGAGGGUACUAUUUCUGAUAAAAAUCAAACUUCCAGUAGAUAUCUGUCAUGAUGAAAGCGUACAUAUAUCCUGAAAUAUGUCAGUUUUAUAAUCUACACGUGCCAUCUGUUUUUAAUGAGUAGAUAGAUGAUCAGUAUCCACAUCCACAGAGAUAAGGAAAUUAUAAAUGAAGUGAUUAAUUGAACUCCAAGCAAGAAUUCAAGCAGCUUGGCAAUCAUCCAGCACUGCACUGCAGUGCAGCAAUGGCCAUCUCCAUCGCCCAUCUCCUCGCCGCCGUAGCUCUCGUCCUCGCGGCCGCCGCCGUGCCGGCCUCGGCCGGUCGGCUCCCGGUGCGGAUGCGCCUGUACAUGCACGACAUCACCGGAGGGCCGGGGCGGACGGCCGUGCAGGUGGUGAGCGGCACCGGCCCGCAGCACCCGGCCAUGCCGCCGGGCAGCCACUUCGGCGACACGAUGGUGGUGGACGACCUCCUCACCGACGGCCCCAGCGUGGACUCCAAGGCCGUCGGCCGCGCGCAGGGCUCCUACACGCUGGCGUGCCUGAGCGAGCCCGUGCUGGUGGUGUCCGUCACCGUCGUGCUCACCGACGGGCCAUACAAGGGGAGCAGCAUCGUCAUCGCCGGCCGCGACGACGUCUCGGAGGAGGUGAGGGAGCUGGCGGUGGUCGGCGGGACAGGCCAGCUCCGGCGGGCCACCGGGCACGUGCUGUGGACGACGGCGAAGCGGCAGUCGCCGGUGCACAUGGUGCUGCAGCUGGACGUGUACGCGUGGGUGCCAGCGUCAGCGCUGCUGCGUGGCGCCAACGCCACAGCUGAUGCUGCCUCUCAUCCGAAUUCAUAAAUAGUGGA